AUGCCUGAAUCGCAAAUUUCCAACGUGCACCUUGUCGACGCGUACCUCGAGCGGACAACAUGGAAGGGCAAUGAGAAUGCCAACUCGACUUACUCCCACCAGGGCCUCAUGCAGUAUGUCUCCCAGCACGUCAUUUCGGGCUACUGGCUCGACAAGAUCUACACGGAAGAGAUCCGGGAGUACAACAACCAGAAUCGCUUCCACAUCCACGACCUCGGCUUCCUGAGCGCCUACUGUUCGGGUUGGAGCCUGGAAGACAUCCUCCUUCAGGGGUUUGGCGGCGUCGAAAACAAGAUCCAGUGUCGCCCGCCCAAGCACCUCAACACGGCCCUGAACCAGACGGUCAACUUUCUGUUCACCCUCCAGGGCGAGCUCGCAGGAGCCCAGGCGCUGUCCAGCUUCGAUACCUAUCUCGCCCCCUUCAUCCGACACGACAAUCUCCCGUACUCUGAUGUGUUCAAGUACGUGCAGAGCUUUGUGUACUCGCUCAAUGUGCCGACUCGCAGUGGAUUCCAGGCGCCCUUCACCAACAUCUCUCUCGAUCUGAUUUGUCCCAAAACUCUCGAGCAACAGGCUAUCAUCAUUGGCGGCAAGCCACACCCCACCUUGCUUUACAGUGAUUUCCAAGACGAAAUGGAUAUGAUCAACAAAGCCUUUGCCGAGGUCAUGAUACAGGGCGAUGGGAACGGCAACAUCUUCACCUUCCCUAUCCCGACGUACAACCUCUACAAAGGCCUUGACUGGGAGUCGCCUCGGUGGGAAUCCAUCUGGGAGAUGACAGCCAAGUACGGCGUUCCCUAUUUUGCCAACUUUAUCAACAGCGAUUUGAACCCCGAGGACUUUCGGUCCAUGUGCUGUCGACUGCGCCUCGACUUAACUAAGCUGCACUGCAGAGUGGGAGGGCAAUAUGGUGCGAGUCCAUUGACAGGAUCCAUCGGAGUGGUCACGCUCAACCUGCCGAAUCUCGCCUAUCGAUCUAACGGCAGCAAGGACGUUUUUUUUGCCGAGCUGGCGGCGACGUUGCGCGUGGCCAAGGAGUCGCUGGAGAUCAAGCGAAGGAUAGUGAACGAGAACUCUGAGCUGUAUCCCUAUGCAGCCCACUAUCUGGCGGCUACAAAGGAGCGCACGGGAUCGUACUGGACCAACCACUUUAGCACGAUCGGUAUCAACGGCAUGAACGAAGCCUUGAUUGCCCUAUUUGGUGACGGAAUCGCCGUACACAGAGACUUUGCCCUUGAGACGAUGGAGUUCAUCAAGGACAAGUUGCAAGAGUUCCAGACAGAAACGGGCAACCUCUACAACCUGGAGGCCAGUCCGGCUGAAAGUGCCUGUUACAAGCUUGCCCGUCGGGACAAGGAACUGUUUCCGGAUCGCACCAUCCCGGUCUACUACACCAACUCGACCAUGCUCCCGGUGAAUGCCACCAGCGAUCUGUUCGAAUGCCUCGACCACCAAGAGGACUUGCACUGCUCGUACACUGGUGGCACUAUUUUCCACGCCUUCUUGGGCGAGCGCCUGUCUGGCUGGACGAUGGCGCGAGACCUGGUCAAGAUGCUGACAACGCGUUAUCGUGUUCCUUAUAUAACCCUCUCGCCCACAUUUAGCGUCUGCAAGACGCAUGGCUACAUUGCGGGAGAACACUCGCGGUGCAACCGAUGCGACGAGGUGUGCCUCGUCUACUCGCGCAUCGUCGGUUACUACCGUCCCACCCGCGACUGGAACAAGGGCAAAGCAGAGGAGUUCAAGCAGCGGAAGACGUACCUGAAUCCCCUGGAAAUGAGCAAGGAGAGCAGCCAGCUCGAGCUCGAGCGUCAGGUGGCCGAGAUCGCAGACGCCGACCUGCCUGUGGCCGGAUAUACGAAGCUGACUCUGAGUGACUGGCCGGGCAAAAUGGAGGCCUCCAUCAUGUUCACAUCUCGCUGUAAUCUGGCAUGUCCCUGGUGCCAUAACGGACCACUCGUGAACGGCGAGCGUGACAAGUUCACGCCCCUGGACAUCUUUCGCCACAUCACGGAAACGCCGCACAAAUCGCUCGUUAUCUCGGGCGGUGAGCCGACCAUCCACAAGGGCCUGCUUCCCUUCAUGCGCCUUCUCAAAAAGGCAGGCGUCAGCAUCAAGCUAGACCACAACGGUACGUCACCCGCAACUCUGCUGCGCGUAUUUGACGAGAAACUUGUCGAUUUCGUGGCCAUGGACAUCAAGUGUGCGCUGGGGAACUACAAGAAGGCGACGGGAAAGAAGGUGUCCCCAAAGAUGCUGGAGUCUAGCAUUGAGAUGAUCAAGGCAAGCGGGGUGGCGCACGAGUUCCGCACCACUGUCGUGCCGUCGCUGGUGGAGAUUGAGGAUCUGUUCGAGGCGAAACGUCUGGCCGGUGGAAAGCUGAAGCUGCAGCGCUUCCGCAAAGGUGAAAACAAUUUGGGCGAAGAUUUCCGAGAUUGCCAGGAACACACCGAUAAUGAGUUUAAAGCGAUUGUCCUGCAAGUUGCAGAGGCAUAA